AUGCCGCUGACUUCGGCACGGCUGGCGGGCGUGGUCGUGUCCCCACGGGGCUCGCCGAGGUCUCCAGACCCGGGGCGCCUCGUGGAGUUCCCGGAGGCGCUCCGGGGCGGGCCCGGCUGUGGCGCGGGGCAGGCGGCCGCGGGCAGCGGCGAGAGCGCACUCGGGGCGCCGCGGCGGCUGCCGGGCCGUGGGCGAAGCGGCGCUCGCCGCGCCCGGCGGCGGGGGCCCGGCGCGUCGGCCGGCGCCGCGGGGGGGGGGCGGCCCGCCCGGGGCGCGGCAGCGCGCGGCCCCGCGCUGUCGUCGCGAGCCAUGCCGGGCACUUGCGGAGGCGAGCCCCUCAUGUCCGGCCUUGGCGGCAAGAGGAAGAAGAAGAGCAACCUGAUGGAGGCGCUAAUCUUCGUCAUGCCGUCCUUGGAGUGGGUGCCAGAGUACCAAAGGGCCUUCUUGCAGCCAGACGUCGCCGGCGGCAUCACCCUCGGCUGCAUCCUGGUGGCCCAGUCCCUCGCGCACGCCGCGCUCAGCAACGUACAGCUCAUCAACGGGGCAGAGCACCCCGCGGCGAGCAUGACGGGGCGCCCGCGCGCGCCCGCGGCGCCUCGCUCGGGCCGCAGGGCCGCUCGCGGGGGCGGCGCCCUCACCCUGCUCGCCUGCUCGGCGCUCGCGGGCGUGCUCGCGCUGCUCGGGGCCCGGGCGGCGGACGAGCGCGCGCGGCCUUUCGUGGGGGGCCGCGGCUCCGCAGGCCGGGUCCACGACCUGCGCCCCGACGCCCCCGGGAGCCGCGGCGGCGCGGGGGGCGCCGGAGAGCGCCUCGUGGCGAGGGCGGCCUUCUCCUGGGACGCGGACGCCAAGCCGAGCAUGCCCCGGUCGACCCAGGAGAUGGUGCAGCAGGCCGCCGACGCGGUGAUGCGCGCCUACCGGGAGGGCAACACCCGGCAGGCGAUCCGCCUCCGCCUGGACGAGGUUUUCGACAUGGAGCAGAUCUACCUGAAGGGGCAGCCCGCGCUCUUGAACGCCUCGCUGCCGAUGAUGCGCAGCUUCGCGGCGCGGCUAUGGGGCGGGGAGUCCAUGAAGAAGGUGAGAGUCUCCAUUGUGGACGAGGAGGUCGGAACUUUGAUCUACCGCGAGGCUGAACAAGAGCAGAUGGACGUAGCAGUGCUGUAUUUACCCGGGCGCAAACUCGUUGCAGAGCCCAAGAUGCAGAAGUUUUUGGGUGAUAUGAAGGACAGGCUAGUCAUCAUGAGCAACCCUCAGAACGCUCCAGAUCCAUGGUACAUCGAAAGCAAGGGGGAAGAUUUCAAUGCAGAGGGGGCUGGUAAAUUCGGUGCCUCUCUAUGCGAGACCUUCCAACAGCAGUCGUACUACUAUUCCAAGGGCGCGUUCAACAACUGGCAGCUGACGGUUUUCCGAGCGUACCCCUUCGAAUGGGAGUACUACAUCGAGGAUCUAAAUUAUACAACUACGUUGAUUGCGACAUCCGAGACCAAGCUCGACUAUUAUCAGACCAUUCGCGCGAUGGAGAAGUACGAGGCGGAAAACGGUGUGAGGCCGACACAGAAGGUCGGGAAGAUGAUCAAGGAUUCCGUGGCCGCCGAGCAGGCGAGCGAGGAGCGGGAGCCCGGCUGGAGGAAUUUCAAGCAGGAUUUCUGA